GUAAGGUAAGGACGCGUGGUUCCCCGUGACCCUAAACUGCUGUUAUAUACUCUUUUCUCUCUUCUCUUCCCUUCUCCUCACAAUUCCUACCAUACAACAAACCAUCCUCUUCAUCUUCUUCUUCUCCAAUUCUCGAUUCUAACUCUUCAAUCAAUUCCUUAACUCAAUCUUCAAACAACUCAACCAUUCGAUUCCAAUUCAUCAAUGGAUUCAUUCGAACCAUCACACACUUUGCAAGAAUCCAAUCACAAGAAACGCCGCAAAAUCGGAGAUAUAACCGCCGAUCAAAAUUCCCUCACUCUUAUGCGAUGGAGAUCUGAAUCAGACCAGAACAACUACUCCAAAAAACUAAUCGAAGCUCUCAGCCGGAUCAAUUCCCCGGCAACCACCAAACCUAGAGCCGCCGGUCAAGUCCGCGAAACCGCCGAUCGAGUCCUCGCCACAUCAGCCAAAGGAAGAACACGCUGGAGCCGCGCGAUCCUCGGAAAAUGGAAGAAACUCCGUAGACAUCACAAGAAAGUCAAGAAAGCUGCAAACGGAUUGAACAGAGCCGGGAUCGUAAAACAGAGGAUGACGAGACGGUUACCGGCUGUGCAGAAGAAAACGCGCGUUCUCGGCCGGUUGGUUCCCGGUUGCCGGAAAGUACCUUUACCGAACCUUCUAGAAGAAGCUACUGAUUAUAUCUCUGCCUUGGAGAUGCAAGUGCGUGCUAUGACUGCUCUUGCCGAGCUUCUCGCCGGUCGAACAUCGGCUGGACUCGCCGGUCAUGCGUUGAGUUGACCCGCGCGCGUUGUAUAUAGCCUAGGCUAUAUUGCGCCAGGUGUUACUUAAUUUUUUUCUUCUUUUUAUAUUGUUUUUUUUAUUUGUUUUCACUUUUCAGAUUCAUGUAUUUUAUUAUCGUGUACACUGUACAUGCCAUUUGGUUAUUUGGUUAUUCCUCUCCCUUUAAGUUCCAUUGUCCUAACCCUUUUUCUCCUUGUUUUUUUAUUGUAUUUAAUUUAAUUCAAUGUGAAUAUGCUACUCUAUUUUUAUCA